UAUUGGUUUUUGGGUUUAUUUAUAUUUUUAUAGUUACGUUUUCUCGGAAUAGGUGCAACCGGACUGCGAUGUUACUUUUAUUAAACGAGUAUUGUAACGGCAUCGCAUGAGUACUGUUUUCUUACUUUCUGUUAGUGUUUUGUUAAAGAACUCCUAAACAGUGCAUGGUAGAUACGUGUAUGAGUCAACCAAAAUCAAGUUGUAAUCGAGGAGAAACCCGUACAAUUAACAAAAUUUUGUAUUGAUAUAUAGUUAUAUAUACAUAUAUAAACCAUGUCCGUACAACGUUCCCGAAGUGCACUGUCUCCUAACAACAGUGGAAACAUUGAAGCAAGCAAUAGCACUGUAAAUGGAAGUAACAUUAUCGGUGGUGCAGGGGGCAGUAGCAGCAGCAGUGGAUACAUCAAAGAUCGCUACAUUGACGAACUGCCAUCACAGCAGUUGCGACUCCUUUGUGAACAUUUAGACGAAAUGCAAGUUUGGAUGCAACUGGCCGAAGUUAUGCAACUACGACCCGCAGAUGUGAAGUUUAUACAACAACAACAGGAGUUGGGUAAAUCACCAUCAUGGCUUUUGAUACGAAAGUGGGGCAUCGAGUGCAAGCAUACAGUGACUGAACUUUUUAUGCUCUUGUGGAAAAGAGAACAACAUCAUGCUAUGCGAAUGCUGAAGGACUUUGUAGAACGUAAAUAUCAACUUCUAAUACCCCGCAGUCAACCACGUUUGACAAUGCUAAUGGCGAAUUCAGAUAUCAAACAACUUAAUGGACCCAUAAAUUCUUCUUCCUCUGGUGUGAGUAACUCAAAUAACAAUUCUUCAUAUUCCUCUUCCGACCAAACAGCACCUACCUCUACACAACGUAUUGAGCAAGAUGUACGUGAAUUCGCUCGCUAUAUGAUCGAGAUUAGUUAUGAUGAUUUAACAGAGGCCACCGAGAAUUGGAGCGAGCGUUUGAAGCUAGGCAAAGGGGGCUUCGGUACCGUUUAUAAAGGUACAUGGAAGUGUACAGAAGUGGCUGUGAAACAGUUACAAUAUAACGCAGUGAAUGGACGUGAUAGCAGCAAAGUUCAACUACAACAAAGCCUGAAUGAACUAAAACACUUGAGCCGUUAUCGCCACGAUAAUGUAUUACCACUCUUUGGUUAUUCAUUAAAUGGCGAAAAACCUUGUUUGGUAUAUCAACUAAUGAAGGGCGGAACAUUGGAGCAGCGCUUAUAUGCGAAAAAAGAGAAACCAUUGACUUGGAAGGAGCGUGUCGAAAUUUGCCUAGGAGCAUCCCGUGGAAUCAACUUCCUGCACUCAUGUGAUGUCAAACCGCUAAUACACGGUGACAUCAAACCAGCUAAUGUGUUGCUGGAUGUAUGUUUGACACCCCGUAUCGGAGAUUUUGGUUUGGCACGCGAAGGUCCCGCUGCUGUAAGUCGAUCGGUAACCGUUUCCCAAGUUUACGGCACAAGACCCUAUCUACCCCAAGAGUUCUUGCGGGGAAAAAAGCUUAGCACAAAAGUGGAUACUUAUAGUUAUGGUGUUAUGUUAUUAGAAACAUUUACAGGGAUGCGUGCGGUUGACCAACAUCGCAGACCGCUCUUGCUAUCAGAAUUUGUUAAAUGUGUACGUAAAGAUGAACUUGUCAAUCUGAUCGAUGCACGUCAACCCAUACAAAACGAUGAGCGUGAUAUGUGUAAAAAUUUAAUUUUAUUGGGUACACAGUGCGUGGCUUUUGAAGCUGACGACCGCCCAGAGAUGAAAUACGUUUAUGACACAAUAAACUUUUGCAAGAUAUAUCCCGACUAGAAAUGAUGCAAAGGAAAAUAAUUACAAAAAAAAAAAAAACAUUCCUGUUGUGCCUUAAUAUAUGUAUGUGAGACAUUUAUGUAUAUUUGUGUAGUAUAACACUAUCCAUAAAUAACUUCUUCAU